AUGGAUAGGACACUACUAUGGCUCUUCUCCGUUCACCCUACACGACCUCUUAGCGUCAUUUCUUCCUCUGCUAGAUCCCGGUCAGCAUUCGGCUCUUUGCUAGGUCACCACUCGGACUGUUCUUGUCUUGGGCAAGGUCGUGUAAACAAGAAGCAGGGCCGGUUUUCACGGACCUCCGAGUUACUUACUUUCUCCAACGUGUCCCGACUCCCAUCGAUCGAAAAUACAUGUAUAGAUGAGAGAAAAUUAAAGGCUCAGUUAUAUGUCCUCGAUACCUUGCGCUCCAAGUCCAAGGAGAUUAUGCCUCGAGGCCAGUGUACUCCCUCCGAAGUAUCAUGUGGAUGGAGAACUCUGCUCACGUAUCGUGGAGAGCUAUGGAGUGUCCAUCUCCAGUGA